UUUCAUGGCUCCCCUACAGCCUGAGGUGGCCGCCGCCGCCGUAGUGCUGCCGGAGCGGCUGCAGCGUCGGGAAGCGGAGCGGCAGCAGGGCGUGGAGCGGCAGCGGCAGAAGAAGGAGGCGCAGGUGGUGAAGGAGGAGCAGAGCGAGUUCUUCUUGGCCGCCUUCGCCCGGGAGCGGGAGGCCGUGGAGGAGCUGCUGGCGGCGGGGCGGCUGGAGGAGGCGGCCGCCCGCCUGCAAGGGCUGCAGAAGCUGCUGACCGAGAGCGUGCGGUUCCCACCCCCAAAGAAAGACGCGGCUCCGGGCGGCGCCCCGCGCCCCGCCGAGCCCCCCCCGCCCGAGCCCGCCGCCCCGGCCCCCGGCCGCCGCCCCGCCGAAGGGGAGGAGGUGGGCCCGCCGCUGUGCGGGUUCGGCGGCGCCGAGGGCGAGGAGCUGGAGCUGGGCCCCGCCGAGCUGCUGCAGCGCGACGUGGUGCUCUCCGAGCUGCGGGGCUGCCGGGUGCGGCUCCGCGGCAACGCCAACACGCUGCGGGUGCGGGACUGCCGGGGCUGCACCGUGCUCUGCGGGCCCGUGUCCACCUCCGUGCUGGUGGACGGCUGCAGCGAUUGCCUCCUGGUGCUGGCCUGCCAGCAGCUCCGCACCCAUCGCACCCGCGACAGCCGGUUCUACGUGCAGGUGACCAGCCGGGCCGUCAUCGAGGAUUGCACGAAGGUCUCCUUCGCCCCCUACACCUGGAGCUACCCGGGCAUCGAGAGAGAUUUCGAGUCUUCUGGACUGGACAGAAACAGAAACAACUGGAACCUGGUGGAUGACUUUGACUGGCUGGCGACUGACAAGCCUUCGCCCAACUGGAGCCUGAUCCCCGAGCAGGAAAGAAUCAGCAGCUGGGACUGACUGCAGAGGCAGCUCCGUGCUGAGCAAGAAGCCCUGGUGUAAACCCCUUAAUUCAUAAACCGUGGGACUUCAUUCCCCAUAUGCCAUUAAAUGAUUCCAUUGGUAUUUAAGUUGUGAAUUAUAUUGUACGACUGGAUUUUUGUAAUAAUUGAAGAAUACCAGUCAAAUAUAGUUUACUCUUCUUACACAAGUUGCUGCUAUAACCUCUGUGUAUCACUGUGGAAUUUGCCAGCUACUGCAGCACCUCACUGCUGAGUUUUUCCAAUUAAGGUGGGGCAAGGGGCACCAAUACACAAACAACAGUGAGCUUCUGUUAGAGCUGCUGUUCUGCAUUCACUCACCCGGGCAAAAUCUGAAUCAGCUGCAAGUCAUACAAGCUGUACUGGAAUGGAAAGAUCAAAUACUAAAAUUUUCAUAUUUUUAUGGUUCUCAAAUUGCAGAUCACAGUACACUAUAUUUUAUGGGGAGUACGGGAGAGGGUUUUAGUGAGGUAACGGGGACAAAAUGUUAAUUUAAAGGAGGAGUUUGUAACUGAACAGCGUAGCAGGCUGAGAUGAGUCCUAGGCUAUGAUGUAAUUAUGAGCCAGGUUCUGUAGAUGUGGGUGAAAUCUCUAAGUUGUCUUUAUUUAGGCUGUUCUUUCAAGUGAGAUAAAUCGGAAAAAAAAUAGUCUCCUAAUGAACAUUUAAUACUGUCCUAAUAUAUUACUGUUUGAAAUUAACAAACCUAUAUAAAUAUUAAACCUUUACAGUCUGAAAAGAUGCGAAAUGAUGCUCCUUCUGUAAACAGUUUUAACCCAAGAUGGAUAAAAUGAGUGCGCUUCUGGGGCAAUGCAGUAAGUGCCAAUUAACAUUAGAGAAGCUGGGCAAACUGCUCUACUGCAGUCUGAGACUUCAGGGGAGAGAUGAUCAGGUAUUUCCUACUAGUUGUUGCAUCCAUCUACCAGACUAUAGGUUUUGCGGUGCUUCAAUCUUUAAUUUAUAGCACCCUGGUACUGCAUAAGUGCAGUGUUGACAGAGGGGGUCAGUAAAAUGGGGAGUUAAGGUGCUAUAUUCCAGUUCCAGAAUUCUAUGUUACCUUGGAUAAAGUGCACAGUAACUUAAGUCUCAUUUUUUCACUCCUUCUAAAUAAACAAAAAGCAGUGUUAUAGGAUACGGUGCUCUGUUAGUGGUGAAGUGACCACUAUCCAUACAUAAAGUCUAUAUAGUAGUUCUAGGUUUCCAAAUGCACUCGUCAUAUUUUGUAAGAAAUAGUUUAUCUUGCCUAAGAUUCAGCUUACAGUUGUAUUUUAAAAGCUGCAAAAUAUUUAUGCUGCCCUGCCAUCAUGUAUGUGCCUCUAACAGAAAAUUAAUACUAACUGAACCAUCAAAAACUGCAUAAUUGCAAUGAGAAGUACUUGAAACUUAAGAAAAAGAAACUUAAGAGAAACUUUUCGUCUUAAGUUGUUUUCAGCAUAUUUAAUUUAAAAGGGGGGAAGGGAUUUUUUUGUAUAUUCACUUUAUAUAUUCUUUGUUUACUUGAGUUAAUGCAUACUUUUGACUGAAUUGGAUUUUGCAUUUCAAAUAUGUUUUGAAUUUUCAGUUGUCCCUUUAUUAAUUAUCCUUCUUUGCACUGACAGCAUCAUAAAAUGAUUUAAAGAAAA